AUGGCGAGCGGUCCCCUCAUCUGGUCCGAAACCAGACAAGAGCUAUGUGAAAGCCUUCCGUACUACCGGGCGUAUCAGACGGGUAGCUAUGUCACAAGUAAUCUCGGCCGACCACCAUCCACCCUCUUGACCAAGGACGACCGCAAGUCUGCGAUCCUCAAGGACUCGAUUCCGUACGGCUAUCUGCUUGCAGGCUGGCCAUCACGUCGCGAUGCCUGGGCUCAUGGCGGCAGGGUGAUCGUCUCUCAUGGCGGCGGAAAGAGCGAGGUAGAAGAUGCAUCGCCGGACUCGCUUGCUGCUCCCAAGGCCUCCCUCAAGCAGGACCAAUCGUCAAGCGAUAAUACUAUUCGAGCGCUCUUGCAUUCGUCACGGCACAGACUUCCGAUAGUCCUGAUCGCGGCUGACAGCUAUGCCCUGCUGCCUUUCAAGCUGGCAUGCUCUUAUGCCGUGCUGGGCUGGUACCUCAUCACCGACGGCUGGGGGGAACGCGAGAAUGCCAACGAAGACGCUGGCUUUGUGAGGUGGAAGUUUCGCUUCGAGUGGAUUCCGGCCCAAGACCGAACGGACGGUCUCGUGUUUGACCCGAUCAUCAGUCAAAGUUCUGGCAUCGUGCUCACCGUGCGCAAAGAGGGUGGGCUGGCAACAUACACUUUCACGUUUCCAGCGAUGUUUGGCGACUGCCGCGUCCACCUCAUUCAGGCGGAUAUCGAUGGUGGAGCGCACGAGUCGGAGGCGGAUCAGAUCUUUGCUGAGUUCCAGAGACAUACUUGGCCUCAAGACGCCACCGCAAAGGACGUUUUCGGAGCUGAACCUGCCAACAUACAAUCAGAACGGCAGCUCAGCACGACAGAGCCGCAGGGAACAUCAACUGCCGCGUCGCUCGAUCUCGCGCAAGAAUCCGCAUCGACCUCGCAAAAGCAGCAAUCUCGAAUCCCAUUUCGCCGCCACGUCCUGAAGAAUCAUCUCGGCGGGCUCGGACGGAUGCUGACGCAGCAGUUCACCUGCAACUAUGGCGUGGCGUACAAGCACGUUGUAGCGAUGGGUACCGAGCCUCUCGACGCCACCUCGCCCCCCGUCAUCCUGUCCACACUCGAUCUGCUGCACGCUCGGACACGGUCUGCCAUACCGCUCUCGCAGGAGUUCAACGAGCUCUACCCCGUGCUGUAUCUCGAACACCAGGCGAUGAACUUUCACGACGACGGCGAGCCGGGGUUGGGUCCCGUGGUCAGCUCGCUCUCCCUCGGAUCGACGUGCAGGAUGAAGUUCCGACUCAAGGCGAAGCAUCAGGCGCAGUUCGAAGGGGUCAGGCCGCGCGAUAGGACCGUGCUGGAUCUGCCGCUGCGGCACGGUAGCGUGGUGGUGCAGGAAGGACACGAUCUGCAGAAGUAUUUCGAGCACAGUGUCAGCCCGGACGGAUUCAGAAUUGCGGUCACUGCGAGGAGGAUCGACCCGGAGCAGAAUGACAAGGGCAGCGGGAGGCGCGAUACUGCGAGAAGGAGCGGAGACGAUGGCUUGAAGAAACGACGGACGAAUUCAACAAGUACUGGGACGAAGAGGAGGAAGGCAUCGCCAUCGAAGCCUGCCUCGUCGAUCAUGCGAGAAGAAGCGCCCACGGCAGCAGCAAAGGUGUUCGACCUACCACCAGCCAAUCUGCCAGCAGCUCGGGUGUUUGACCUAGCGCCAGCCAGCCCGCCAUUGGCGACGACUUCGACACGGGCACCGUCAGGACCGGUUUCGUUCUUGGCGGCCCUACAGACGGAGGUACAGGUGAAGCUCCGACAAUCGUCAGCAGACGCCCGGGCCGGCGAAGAAAGCGCAGUUGAGGCAGCGACGCAGAUCGCGACGCCGUCUGCGCCGCCAUCGAAGGGAAGGAGGUACCGGACCGUUCACGAAGGCGCAAAGGCUGGGAUAAAGCGCAAGAAGUCCGCAAGCGGCGUGAAGGACCCGCUCCCAUCGUUCCCACGCUUGCCGAAGCCACUCUGA